GGGACCUGACUGGAUUUCGCGUUCGUCUUCCCACUUUAACCGGGUCUGGGUCCAUCGAAUUAAAUGCGUGACAAUAUCACUGCCGUGAUUUAGCUAGUAUUUAGAAAUGGUCAAUUUUAAUACAUUUUAGUUAACAAUUUAUGCUGUAAAACACUGUUCAUCGGUCGUUAUUCUCAAUUUAGCAAAUMAUGUCGGGAGCGGCCGCCGGAGGGGCGCCCUCUUGCAUCSGCGCAGCCGCUGCCAGUUGUAGCUCAGCUGGGUCGUCCUAUGCUGCAGCGGGCGGAGAAGUGGGAAUAGUAGGCAGGCUACCUAGUCGGGUUUUGGAGCAUGUGUUCUCCUAUCUGGACUUGUAUGAUUUGAUGCGGUGCUCGUUUGUGUGCUGGCACUGGAACAACUGCCUCGCCGAUGAGAACAGCGAGGUGUGGCGGAGUCUGUGCGCUCGCUCUCUUAGUGAAGAGGCACUUCGCUCCGACAUUCUUUGCAAUCUGACAACAUACAAGGGAAAGCUCAAAUCCUACCUGCACGCUCUGAGUUCCCACGACUGCUCACGCAACGUCUACGUGAAGAAGAACGGUUUCACCCUUCACCGCAACCCCAUUGCCCAGAGCACCGACGGAGCCCGCGGCAAGAUCGGCUUCUAUGAGGGCCGCCAUGCCUGGGAGAUCUGGUGGGAGGGGCCCCUGGGGACCGUGGCAGUGAUCGGCAUUGCCACCAAGCGUGCUGCCAUACAGUGCCAGGGCUAUGUGGCCCUCCUGGGCAGUGACGACCAGAYCUGGGGCUGGAAUCUGGUGGAUAACAACCUGCUCCACAAUGGGGAGGUCAACGGGAACUUCCCUCAGUGCAACAACGCACCCAAAUACCAGUGUAAUGGUGUCCGUCCACAGAUUGGGGAGAGGAUACGAGUGAUUCUUGACAUGGAUAACAAGACCCUGGCCUUCGAGAGAGGCUUUGAGUUUCUGGGAGUGGCCUUCAGAGGGCUGCCUAAAGCAUGCCUCUUCCCGGCCGUCUCAGCUGUCUAUGGCAACACUGAGGUGACCAUGGUCUACCUUGGCAAGCCUCUGGAUGGGUAGCACCGCCACAACACCAGCUGGUGCCAUGUCACAUCAGGUGUGCCAAGGAUAAUGACUGAUAGUUUAGAAUCCUCUCGGUGUCAACCAACAUUCCACAACCACAGGAAUGGACUACAAAAUCAACAUGGAUGAGAGUGAACUAUUGAUGGACAAGAGAAUUUGACCAGAGUGGGGGAAGUGAUCAUUGAUGGACAAGAGGGUUUGACUAGGGUUUUGGGAAGUGAUGAUUGAUGGAGGGUGGGGGACUGGGGCGCUGUUUCAAAGGUGUUUGACACAACGUGGAUCCUAUCCACUUCAGCUGCUGGACCAUUUUAUUUACAGUACGGGAGGACUUUACUUAUUUUUUUGUUAUUUUAUGAAGUAACAACACUGAGUCCUGUAUAUGCGGACGGUUUUAUGAUGUCUGUUCCUAUGAGGCAAAACCAAAUAUGAACUGUGGCAAAUAAAGACAAAUCACAAAUCAUAACGUAUGUGUGACAAUGCAAGCUGUAACAUUUCUAGAGUACACGUGUAACUGCCAUGGAUGGAACAGCAAGGGGGACACUUCAGAGGACUAUACCGUAGGAGACACUUGGAAAAGACUGCUUCAGUAGAAAAGUUGGUCAUUGCAGUGAAACUGAAACGUCUCCUCUCUUCAGAUACAUUGUAUAGUAGAGCAGAAGUGAGGAGACUAUGCUACUGUGAAUCCAUUUUAAUUGUGGUGGUAUUCAUCAUACUAUUUCAUUAUAUUUAUUUAUAGGUUUUAAUUCGUGGUACUAUUGAAGAGGUCAUGGAACCUUCAAAAUAAAGUCUACCUGGUGCCAGUCUGUAAUGAUUGAUUGAGUGUUUCAUAAUGCUUCCACAAGAGGGCAAUCAUUGACUUCUAUAUUCUAUAUAAAAUAAGAACCACCCAAUG